UAAGAGGAGGUGUAAGGAAGGUACUGCUGCAGAGCUCCAGUUGGAGUGUUGAAAGAUUGCAGACUGACGGAAAAAGGCAAAGAAGCAAGCUAAGGCGUUGCCAUCUCCCCCCACCCCCACCAUUCUCUGACAGGCUCUUUGCCCCCUGUAAUCUCUUUUCGGAGAGCCUUGCAGUUUCCUCUCUUCCGGUUGUGCAAAGCAGCUCAAAAAUAGCAAUAAAUUCGUCUUCUUUUCCACCUUUCUCCCCCUCCUAAGCCUGCCCAGAGUCUUCUGAAUCCCUAGCACCUAUCAUCUCCAGAUUCCCAGAUCAACUCCAGACCGAGUUGGGGAUCCAGGACUCGCCAUGAGCUUUCCCGCCUUCCUCGUCUUGCUGGUCUCGGCUAUGCAAGUCAUUGCACUUCCAGUGAGCAGCCCAGCAAAUAAAAGUGAUACUAAGGUAAUGAGAUGUAUUGUUGAGGUCAUCUCUGACACACUUUCUAAACCGAGCCCGCUGCCCAUCAGUGAGGACUGCUUUGAGACUCUACGAGGAGAUGAAAGGAUCAUUUCAAUUCUUCGCCAUCAAAACUUGCUGAAAGAACUCCAAGAACUUGCCAUCCAAGGGGCCAAUGAGAGAGCCCAGCAACAAAAGAAAGACAGAGGCUUUGAAGAUGAACUUUCUGAAGUCCUUGGGAGCCAAAAUAAUGAAGAGGAUAUUGUUCAGGGGGAAUUGCAGAAUGCCUCCCCUGAGAAGCCUGCUGAAGAUGCUACUGAAUCCAAAGAGAAUAGUCUGGAAGAAAGAGAGACCCAGUCCAAAGAGGCAAACCCAGAGGAAGCUGGGGAGGUCUCUGAGAAGAAUGAAAUCAGCAAGGCCUCCAGGGAUGUGAGCAUGGAGAGUACUCUGGCCAGUGGUCUGACCAAAGAGGAGCUCUUAGCCCCAAGGCCCAGCCAAGGCAGCAAGGCCCAGCCGCCCACUGAUGCUCAGCAGGGUCUGGAUCUCCAAGAGGAGGAACAAAGUUCCAAGAGAGAUGAGAACGCCCAUGCAGAAAGAGAGGAGGAAGAGGAGCAGGAGGAAGCCCAUCUGGCCCAAGAGGGAAAUAAACCAGCACUGGAUGAAGAAGGUCCCACUGGAGCACUCAGGACCAGCUCAACCCUUGAUGAGAAUGAAGAGACUCCAAGGGGAGACAGUCAACCAGAGGCAUUGGAACUAAAUGGAGAAGAAAAGAUCAUGGAAGAGGAAGUUAGAUCUCAGGAAGAUAAAGGGCUAAGCCGACGUUCUGAAGAAGCAGCAGCAGCCACAGAAGACAUCUUCAGCCCCAGAGAAAGCAAGAGUCAGGAACUAGAAGAGGAACUCUCCAAAGAAUGGGAGGACUCCAAGAGGUGGAACAAGAUGGACGAGCUGGCCAGAGAGCUGACAGCUAAGAAGCGGUUGGAGGAGAGUGACAGUGAGGAAGAGCCAGACCGAUCCAUGAAACUUUCCUUCCGAUCCCACAAAUACGACUUUGGAAGUCCUCUGGGGCUGCCAAGGAGAAGCUGGAAAGCUCACUCCAGAGAGGACAGCAUCGAGGCAGGCUUGCCUCUCUCUAUCAGGGGAGACCCAGAUGAAAAGAAGGAAGAGGAGGGAAGUGCUAACCGAAGGACUGAGGACCAAGAGCUGGAAAGUCUAGCAGCCAUAGAAGCAGAGCUGGAAAAGGUCGCCCACAAACUCCAUGAAUUGCGGAGGGGCUGAAUGGCUGACUUAAGAUCCCACAAAAUGCUCAGAAAUUUAUUCCUCCUCACCUUGCCUCUUCAUUUCCCAAGUCAAUUAUAAAUGGGCUGGGAGAGGGAGUUUGGGGCAGGGAGAGAGUGUUCCCGAUGCCACUUGUGAUACUUGCCUACUCUGCUUUUUCAUUCUUGAGUUUCUGUCCCCUGGUGCACUUCUUCCCCACCUCAAGGCUUCUUCAAUGCACUUUGUGUUGGCUUCCAAACAGUUAUCAUUUUCAAGAUAACAAUGAGAUAGCUUUUCUAGAUUAUUUCCCUAUCACUGUUAGAUCCAAUGAUAAAACUGCAAUAACUUGUUCUCUUCGGAUUAAAGUCAAAAACUUCUGACUGUAAUAUAUUCUAUAUAAAAUUUAUCUAAAGAAAAAUAAAACUCCAAUGGGC